UAUUACAUCCACUUGAUUCAAUGAAUAUCGAUAUGAAUAAAAAAGAAAAAAGGUCAACAUUAUCGUCGUCGUCGUCUGGAUACGCCUUUUCAUCAUUCGUAUCAUCAUUACCUAAACAACAACAACAACAACAACGACGACGACGACGAAUAAGAAAAUCACAUAAAACAGAUGAAAUUGUUUCGUAUCAAGAACGAAUGAUCAAUGAAAAUGAAUCGAUUGAUUCGAAUAAUAAUCACCAAAGUCAUCAUCAUCGAAAUUUUUAUUCAGCUCAACAACAACAACAGCAGCAACAGCAACAACAACAAUAUUCAAAAUCAGCUCCUGGAUUAUAUAUGUUACCAAUUGAAAAUGUAACAGCCACUGUUGGUCGUACGGCCAUACUUAAAUGUGUAACGAAUCAUAAUGGUCCUUCAAAACCUGCAUGGCUCAAAAUGGAUGACAAUUCAACACCGACAUUAUUAACAUUAGGUACACAUACAUUGAUGAAUGAAGAUGAAGGAAAAUAUCGUGUCACACAGAAUGAAAAUCAUUGGUAUUUACAUAUAAAUCGUAUACAAGUUAUUGAUCGUGGUCUUUAUAUGUGCCAAAUAAAUGCCAAAACUAUGCUGUCACAAAUCGGCUAUCUUGAUGUUUAUGAGCCACCUGUGAUAAAUGAAGAGCUUACUAGCUCCGAUACAAUUGUUGAUGAGCUUUCAAAAGUGUCAUUAAGAUGUGCCACCAUUGGUUAUCCAAUGCCUUCGGUUACAUGGCGUCGUGAGGAUGGAAAAUCGCUCAAUCUUGGCCAAUAUGGUGGUAAAAAAAUUGCCGAACCAAAAUGGCAAGGAGAAUAUCUGAAUAUAACGCAAAUAAAACGCGAUGAUAUGGGUGCCUAUCUUUGUAUUGCAAAUAAUGGUGUACAACCAGCGGUUAGUAAACGGAUUGUAAUACAAGUCAAUUUUCCUCCUAAAAUUCGUGUCCAUAAACAAUUGAUUGGUAGCUAUAUUGGUAGUGAUGUUGAACUUGGUUGUGAUGUAGAUGCAUCACCAAAACCGGAAACUUUUUGGUUAAAUAGUGAUGGUCAUCGUUUGGAUAAAAUAAUGAAUGGUGGUGAUAAUAAUGGUGAUGAUGAUAAUGAUGGAUCAAUAUCGUCUGCAGCAGCAACAACAACAAUAGAACAAUUGUAUAAUAUCCGUUCGAAAUUAAAUGUACAACAAAAUGACCAUUAUGUUUCUUAUUCAUCAUCAUCAUCAUCAUAUCGAUUAAAUGAUAAUAAUAAUCGAAAUGGUAUUAAUAGAAAGAAAAAAUAUCAUUUUGAAGAAGAACAAAAUGGUUAUCGUACAACAAUGAAAUUGAUAAUACGUAAUCUUCAAAUGGCCGAUUAUGGUAGCUAUAAAUGUAGUGGUCAAAAUAGUAUCGGUAAAAAAGAAGGAAUGAUUCGAUUGUAUGAAACACCACCACCAAUACCACCUACACCUAAACCAACAACAACUACAACAACAACGACUACAACAACAACUACGACAGCGGCAACAACAACAACAACAACAACAAAAUGGCCAUUUAUUAAUAAUCAACAUAAAUCACGAUCAAAUAAAGCAAAAUGGACUAAUGAUCCAAACAAUCAAUAUGGAUUCAAUAAUAAACAUGCCGUAUCAUUUUGA